GCAGCGGCGUCGUGAACGGCAGAAUUAGCGUCUCGUAGAGGAGAAGUACAAACUUCUGGUUCCAAAUGGGACGGAGAAGGAUGGGGAGAACGAGCGCCAUGGCUACUUCUCCAAGAACACCUUGCAAAAAAUCAAGCACUCCAUGUGCUGCUUCCAAAGGUGCUCUCUCUCCUUCGCCUCACCAAAAUGAUUCUACCCCUCUUCCUUCAAUCAAUGAACGUCUGGCCUACCUUCGUCCCUCUCGGGAGCUGCUGGAGUACUAUCGAAAGAAGAUUGCAGAAUUCGAUGAAGAACAUGAAGGACUGGUCAAACGGUUGGAGACGUACAAAGCGUCUUAUGAUGAACAGCACAAGUUGCAAUGGGAAAUGCGUCAGCGAGAAGAAGAAAUUGCAGAACUGCAGAAGGCUUUGAGUGACGUGCAAAUGUACCUUUUUCAAGAAAGAGAGCAUGUGCUGCGCCUUUAUGCUGAAAACGAUCGACUGAAAAUCAGAGAACUAGAUGACAGAAAGAAGAUUCAACAUCUUUUGGCUUUAUUAGGAACAGAUGAGGGUGAAAUUACCUAUUUUCACCAAGAACCCCCAAAUAAGGUCACUAUAGAUCAACUACCUGCACCUACUAAAAGAGAUUCCCAGGAAGGAUGUGACAAAUACACUUCAAUAAUAGGUUUUAAAAAUAGAAGAGAGAAACCCGAAUGUGCAAAUAGAUACCAAAAAGACAACCAAACACUCCUACUACAGGUGGAGUCUCUUCAAGCUCAACUAGAAGAACAGACUAAGCUGUCAAAGGAGCAGACUGAAGCACUGCUAGAAGAUCGACGCAUCCGUAUCGAAGAAGCUCAGGUGCAGCAUCAGAGAGAUCAGGAACAGAUCAAAGAUAUUACUGAAAAAUACCAUAAAGCUCAACAUUUGCUAUAUGAGAGUACCAAAGAUUUUCUGCAGAUAAAGUUUGAUGCACGAGCAAAUGAAAAAUCCUGGAUGGCAGAGAAGGACACUCUGCUGAGGAAGAUGGACAAAUGUAAAUGUGCACACAAGCAGAGCAGGGUUUAUAAGGAUGGUAGUCCGGUCCAGGAUCACGUCAAUCAGAGUUAUGAAAGUUGUCAAAGCUGGUGGGUUGCUAGCCCAGAGAAGCAGGACACUACAUUGGAUGAAUGGAGAAGUAGUCCUCAUCAGCAAAGUUUCACCAAGAGAUCACCUCCCAGUGAGAAGGUUGAAGUUUUCAAGAGGAGAAAGCCAAAAGUUGUCAGAUGUGUUUUUCAAGGAGAGCAGAACAUUCACAAAAUAUAUGGAGGAGAGAUUAAGGGAUUAAGAGAUCAGUUGACCCAGGAGCGGAAAUUAGCAAACAUGUAUCGAGAACAGUGUGUUUCAUUGGAAGAGGAGUUGUCUAAGACUCGGGAGGAAGGAAAUUUAGGUCAAGAAAUGUUCAAGCAACAGUCAGAAAAGAUGGGAAAGCGUCUACAGUUAAUGACCCGGCGCUACGAGGCACUGGAAAAAAGGCGGGCCAUGGAGGUGGAAGGGUUUAAAAACGAUAUCAAACAAUUCCAACAAAAGCUGCAGGAUGUGGAGAAGCAACUUUUCAAGGUGGUAAUGAACGUGGGACCCGACCAAGAUCUUGCAAUUCUGCAUGAAGUUCGCCGAGGGAACAAGAGAACCAAGAAGCUACAAGGAGAACUUAAAAACUUAAAAUCAAAGAUAUAUGGACUGGAGAGCGACCUACGAGAUUAUUGAUAAUGAUAUGUCAGUGUUGAUAAAGACCUGUCGCUGCAACAAACUUUUUUUCCACAUUUUUUUUUUUUUUAGUUACAAAUAUGUAACUUCACUAAGUAUAGCAUACACUUUACAUUCCAGGGCAGAAGAAAACAAUUGAAACUUGUGUGAGACUUGAAAAGAAAUUCCUUUUACCUUUUUAAUGGAGUACCUAGAUUUGGUCUCUGAUAUGUUGAUUUUGACACAGAAUCAGGCCAGAGAUAUUCGACGAUUGCUUUUGCAGUGCCUAGAAGAGAUGUGAUCUAUAAGAACUUUUCACUGGCUAAGAAUGAUAUGCUAUGCAGGGAUCCCAAGAAAAGUGCUAGGUGGGCUGUAUCUUGGUUUAUUAUAGAGAAGAAAGGAAUUUCCAAAUGACUCUCUCAAACUGGGCAGCAUAGAACGGUUGAUACCAAUAUAUAUAGAAAAGAAUCUCUUACAGCGAGCCACAAAGAUUUUUCAAAUCAAAACCAGUUCUUGGAAUAAGUGCUUUCCUGAGUUCUUUAUAGAUUACUAACCUAAUUGAAGGAGAAGCAUAGAUCAAGGGGAACUCUAUUCAUAAGUGACAGGGCUUCAGUCUCAAACACAGAUCUAUCACCCAGGAUAAAGUGUGUGUGUAGGGUUGCAGGGUGCACUAAAAGAAGAGUCAGACCCAUUGAGCAGAAACUUGCAUCUGAAUAAAAUUGCAUAGGAUUUAGUUACAACACAGGUGCUUUCCAGCAUGGGUCAUUCAUAUGUUUUCACGAGUAUAAUUUACUUUGCAGAAAUCUUUCUGAACCCAGGAAAGAAUUAUGACGCAUCUAUUGAUUUAUGCUCUGGUGUAGAACAAUAAAACUUGCAUUAUA